GACUCCCCCAGACAUUUCCAUGGUGCUCCGGUCCACUGAUCUUGGGCCUGGGGUGAUCCAAACACCACCCCAGCUCCAGCUGUCUUCUACCAUUAGAAGCCCCAACAGAAGCAGAGGUGGCUGGCACUGGUCAGUCGGAAGGCAAGGACAGACCCCAGAGGACUUUCCUGGGCUACCCACCGGCCCUGCUCUUGUUGGGGAGAAGGAAGCAGAUGCAAUCGCAGCACCCCAACAUUGGGCACUGCAGACUCCAGCAUGGAGGACACCAGGGAGCAGGGCCCGGGCCUGUUUCCCCAGCUGUGAUCUUGCCCAGAACCUCUCUUGGCUUCAUAAACAGCUGUGAACCCUCCCCUGGGGGAUAAACAGCAAUGAUGGGUGGUCAUGGGGUUGGGGGGUGGGGGGUGGGAUUAUUUCCUCUCAGGGGAUGGGUUCAUCUGAGUAAACAUAAACCCCAACUUGUGCCAUUCUUUAUAAAAUGACUUUAAAGGCGAGAGGUGUGUGUGUCAGCGGGGUAGGGGGGAAUCCAGAAAUUACAUCACCUGCAUACCUGCUCUCCAGUCUCAUUCCUCCAGCAAGACCCAGGUCUCCAGCUCAGCAAUCCCACAGCGUUACACAGACCCAACCUACCCUCACUGCAUCUCUGCAGUUUCUCCCCAGGUGGAGCAGUUCCCCGGUGAGGCACCCCCACUGUAGGAGCCUCAAACUGAGCUCCACAGGAGAUGCUGUCGACUGAGAACUUUCCACAGAUGAUACCCACAGGGAACAUUUGGAUUUAUAGAUUGCACAGAAUUGCUCCACAUCUGGGAGACCAAAAGACAAUCCUCUGGAAGGUGGCUGGCCUGAGCUCCCCAGGGGGGAUCAGGAUGUCAGAGAGAUCCUCUAGAGGCUGCCGCUCCUGCCAUUGCCUGACCCCUCCCUGGCACCAGAGCCUCCCUCUUAGAUCCCUCCCCUGCCACUUGCCAGCCUGUAGUGGUGCUUGCUGCAGCCCUCCCUGGUUGCUUUAUUUAUUUAUUUUGCACCAACAGGGUUGCUGCAGACUCAUUCUCGCCUGGUUUAAAAAGAGAGAGAGGAAAAAAAAAAAAAGGAGAAAUGCUUUCUGGCUCUUUUCUCCACCUCAGUCUUGGCAGCCGCGGCCGCAGCAGCAACAGCAGCAGUGGCGGGAGGCAGCAGGCGGCUGGCAGGCAGCAGGGGAGGGGGUGAGGCACGCGGGGAAGGUGCAGGGGCCUGAGGUGCAGCUUGAAUGGGACAGGGCCCCCAGCGCUGGACAGAUGCAGUGCCCAAGUUGAUGCCACCCUCCGGCUUCUCCGGACUGAAGAGGGAAUGGAUACGGCCACAGCUCCAAAGCCAGCCUGGCCCCCAUGGCCCCUGCUCCUUUUCCUCCUCCUCCUGCCUGGAGGGAGCCAUGGCAGCUGCCCUGCUGUGUGCGACUGCACCUCCCAGCCCCAGGCUGUGCUCUGUGGCCACAGGCAACUGGAGGCUGUACCUGGAGGACUCCCACCGGACACUGAGCUCCUGGACCUGAGUGGGAACCGCCUGUGGGGACUCCAGCGGGGAAUGCUCUCCCGCCUGAGCCUGCUCCAGGAAUUGGACCUCAGCUACAACCAGCUUUCCACCCUUGAGCCUGGGGCCUUCCAUGGCCUACAGAGCCUACUCACCUUGAGGCUGCAGGGCAAUCGGCUCAGAAUCAUGGGGCCUGGGGUCUUCUCAGGCCUCUCUGCCUUGACCCUGCUGGACCUCCGCCUCAACCAAAUUGUCCUCUUCCUAGAUGGAGCUUUUGGGGAGCUAGGAAGCCUCCAGCAGCUGGAGGUUGGGGACAACCACUUGGUAUUUGUGGCUCCGGGGGCCUUUGCAGGGCUGUCCAAGCUGAGCACCCUCACCCUGGAGCGCUGCAACCUCAGCACAGUGCCUGGCCUAGCCCUCGCCCGUCUCCCGGCACUAGUUGCUCUAAGGCUUCGAGAACUGGACAUUGGGAGGCUGCCAGCUGGGGCGCUGAGGGGACUGGGGCAGCUCAAGGAGCUGGAGAUCCACCACUGGCCGUCUCUGGAGGCUCUGGACCCUGGGAGCUUGGUUGGGCUCAAUCUCAGCAGCCUGGCCAUCACCCGCUGCAAUCUGAGCUCGGUGCCCUUCCAAGCACUGCACCACCUGAGCUUCCUCAGGGUCCUGGAUCUAUCUCAGAAUCCCAUCUCAGCCAUCCCUGCCCGAAGGCUCAGUCCCCUCGUGCGACUCCAGGAGCUACGCCUGUCAGGGGCAUGCCUCACCUCCAUUGCCGCCCAUGCCUUCCACGGCUUGACGGCCUUCCACCUCCUGGAUGUGGCAGAUAAUGCCCUUCAGACACUAGAGGAAACAGCCUUCCCUUCUCCAGACAAACUGGUGACCCUGAGGCUGUCUGGCAACCCCCUGACCUGUGACUGCCGCCUCCUCUGGCUGCUCCGGCUCCGCCGCCGCCUGGACUUUGGCACAUCCCCCCCUGCCUGUGCUGGUCCCCAGCAUGUCCAAGGGAAGAGCCUGAGGGAUUUUUCGGACAUCCUGCCUCCAGGGCACUUCACCUGCAAACCGGCCCUGAUCCGAAAGUCCGGGCCUCGAUGGGUCAUUGCAGAGGAGGGUGGGCAUGCGGUUUUCUCCUGCUCUGGAGAUGGAGACCCAGCCCCCACUGUCUCCUGGAUGAGGCCUCACGGGGCUUGGCUGGGCAGGGCUGGGAGAGUAAGGGUCCUAGAGGAUGGGACACUGGAGAUCCGCUCAGUGCAGCUACGGGACAGGGGGCCCUAUGUCUGCGUGGUCAGCAAUGUCGCUGGGAAUGACUCCCUGAGGACCUGGCUGGAAGUCAUCCAGGUGGAACCAGCAAACGGCUCGCUCUCUGACCCCAACAUCACCGUGCCGGGAAUCCCAGGGCCUUUUUUUCUGGAUAGCAGAGGUGUAGCCAUGGUGCUAGCAGUUGGCUUCCUCCCCUUCCUCACCUCAGUGACCCUCUGCUUUGGCCUGAUUGCCCUUUGGAGCAAGGGCAAGGGCCGGGUCAAACAUCACGUGACCUUUGACUUUGUGGCACCUCGGCCCUCUGGGGAUAAAAACUCCGGGGGUAACCGGGUCACUGCCAAGCUCUUCUGACCCUUCCUUCCCCAGUGGGGAACCCACCAAGUCCGCUUCAGAUACCAAAGGGGAUGACAGAACCAAGGCUACUUGGUUCCAGAGCAGCACCACCCUCCCGCCCCUCCCGCCCCUCCCGCCCCUCCCGCCUGCGUUCUGCCAGUAACUAGCAAUGCCUCCUGCUAGAGAGUCUGCUUCCCGAGCCUUUGCGGUCUGAGGAUAGCAUUGCCGUUUCUUCACUGAGGGUCCCAGGGAGCUGCAGAUGCAGACCCCGUCGUUAUUCCAGCCCUCCCUUCGUCCCCCUCCACGCACAAAACAGGAAACAGAACCAAAGCUCUAGUCCGCUCGUCCAACCACUUGGCUUUCUUCACACACACGUAUAUCCUUUAAUAACCAACACCGCUGGCUACAGCUCUCAGAUUAUUUCAGAGGUGGGGCUGGGAAGUGCCACUUGCUCCUUGGAGUCUCCGUUUGUCAACCAGACAGAGUCCCUUUCUUUUCUGCCCCUAGGUGCAGGAAUAAGAGGCAAGGAGCCUGAGGCUACAGAGAGGAGGACGGGGACAGAAUGUGGGAUGGGGAGGACAGGCCACACACUGCACUGUCUGCAUGAGCCUCCACCACCUCCUUCUGUCUCCCAGAUCAUUAAACCUGCUGCCAAAGGGCCACGACAGUAGCCGCCAAAACUAA